CUAAGGCAUUCAUUACGAUUGACGAGAGGAAAGAGAAAAAGAAAAAGAAAGGAAAAAACUCUACAGUUUCAAAUUCAAAAUGUUUGUGUUACCAAAAUGCCCUGAUCUUCCCUCUCCAAACCUAGGGUUUCAUACUCUCUUUCUCUCUCCCCAUCCUCACUGGCCUUCUUCAAAGAUUUCACUAUCUAGAAACAAAAUCACUCAAUUUCAACUCUCAUUUUGCUUUAUUAUUCUGCUACAACCAUGAACCAAACAAGACCAAAUUCAAACGACGACGUUUUACAAUCCAUGGUAAAAGAAUCAAUUCAUCGAUUUUUAACCGAGUACAAAAAUGGCACAACCGAUUUUUCAAAUUUCGCCUCCAUUUUUUCCCGCUUUCUAAACAUUUUACCCGAUCCACCGCUAGAAAUCAUCUGGUUUUACUCGGCUUUGACUUUUCACUCUGCAAAGCUGACCGCUCACAACCACGUCUUACUAGCUAAAGACUUGUUUCAACUGCUAGUUUCUUGCUGCUCUUCUUCUUGCUCUGUGGUUAAAAAGAUCGCAGUAGUUGCUCCAGUAAUUUACGAGAUCAGUAGUUUAGUUUGUAAAAGAAAAGAGUGGAUUAAAGAAAUUGAGAGUUUAUUAGAAGUAACUGCUAGUUAUAUUAGCAUUUGCCUUGGCUCGAAUUUCGAAGGAAACGAUGAAGUUAUGAUUUUAGAUUCUUGUUUUGUUGAUUUAGUACGCGUUUGGGUGGUUGAUAAAAUUGAUGAGAGUUGUCAAUUUGAUGAAGUUUUGAGAGUCUUUUUUCCACUUGUUAAUGAUGGAAUUCUCAGAAGGUUUGCUAGCGAGGGAAAUGGGAUUGGGACUGGGUACUUAGCUGGGAUUGUUAUGAGUCAAGUUUUAUUGUUGAGUUUGUGCUUGAAGUUCGAGUCUAGAGUUUCAAGAGUAGAGUUGGAGAAGGAAUUGCGUGAGCGGACGGUUCAAACAAUGACUGCAUUUCCAACUUAUGACUUUUUUGAUACCGUGCUAAGGAUGCUGCUGGAGCCCGUCUUGCCCAUCAUCCCCUUACUGAGUUCUGAAGAUGAAGUUAUUGUGAGAAAAAUCCUAUACGAUACUGCAAUGACAAUGGAGUUUUCCUGCCCUGGUCCUGAUAAAGGGAUUAAACUGCUUGAUGAGCGCUUGAAAAAUCUUGCUAUAACAUGGUUGUUUGUAGCUGAAAAUGGCAUACGAUUUUUUAGGGAGAAUGCUGACAAAACCAAAGUCAUCUGUUAUUUACAUGCCUUCUCUGAAUCUUGUCUACCAUCUAAAUUGAUCAAAUGGGUUACUAAUCAACCUGGCAUGCACAAUUUAAGUAUACCAAAGAUUUCCAGUCCGCUAGCACUUAUCAGGUGGCUACUGAUUGUCGAGGAUAAAGGUGUACAAGUAUUUGAUAGUGACAUCUCCAAGAUCUAUGUAAAAACCAUUAUCUCUAAACCAAUAGAGUACCGAUUUUUCGAAGUCAAGUCAGAUGGGCAGAAUUUGGGUGAAAAUCACUUCUCCUGUAAGGAGGAUAAAGGGGAAAAUAAAGUUGAUGGUGAUCUAGAAAUGGUGGAUUCUGAGGACACUAUGUUCUUGGCUGCUCCUGCAGUGCUGAAAGUGACAGCAGCUAGUGGAACGAGGAAAAGCAAAGAAGAAAGGAAGGAUGAAGAGGGAAAACAAAUUAAGUUUGUCAAAGGUCAUCUAUAUGAUAAUUUAGCUAGGGAGACAUUGAAACCAUCAGAUGAUUAUGAUGCUCUGAGUAGCUGUAGUGAAGUGGACAAUCCAGCCUCGGAUGAUUGCACAAUAUUUAUGGAGCAAUAAUAUUGAUCAAAAGAGAGAUGCGAAGAUAUCAUGAUGCUUUGACGGAUGGCAGUAGGCAAUCCAAAACAUAGUCUAUAUGUUAACAAAUAUUAUCGAUCGCAGCGAAAAUGUGAAGAUGCUGCUCAAGCAACCUAUCUUUAGGGACUGCAUUUCAGACAAAACUUCUAUGCUAGUGGAGAAUAGGACAGCAAUCUUGCGACUGUGGCGCUGCUGGUUUUGCCGAAUGACUUCAAUAUCAGAAGGCAAAAUUCCAGCUACCAACUUCUCUGUAUGGUAGAUUUUAUGCUUUCUUGUUUCGAAGAUGACAGUUUACACUCAACACAUCAUCUUCAAGUCAGACAUUGAAACCUGAAGUUACUUCUGCCAACUCAAAUUUAAGAGCCUGCGACUCAUUGUAGCAGGGUUCUGUGAUAUGGUUAAUUGCAGCUGGAAUAUCUUUUUUUGACAUCUAACGAUGACUUAUCUUCUCAAAUAUCAGCGUCUGUUUUCCUGUGACCUUAAUCAUCUGUCCUGUUAUUAGAAAAUAUCCCGGCUUUUAAUGUGAUAUUUCAAAAAAUUCUUAUA